AUGCCCCAACUUGCAUACCCGCUAAGAUGGACACGUCAUGAUACAAAUCCAAACAUCCCGACGUUCGAGAAGGAAUCCUUUACCGAAGGGGCGUUGCGUUUGAACCCCAACAAGUUAGUACGGGAGAAGCCCAGAAAGAAUAAAUACUGUUUACCGACAGAGAAGGAGAUGCAAAGACGUAAAGAGUUGUUUGCUGAGUUUGAUCGUAUGCAUAACUUGGCGCAGGAGACGUGUGACUGGCUGGUCUCCCAUGAGUUUGUGGUGAGCAAUAACGACCGACGCAACUUGUCCACCCUCAUGAAAACAUGUUUCGAUCCUUUGGCCUUCUCGUCAUUAGGCAAGAAACCCAAAGAGAUUUACCUCGUGCAACAGGAAAGGGACAGGGCCGUGGUGAAGACAGUCAAGUUGGCAGAAAAAGAACGCUUUGAAAUGAAGAGAAAGAGAGUGAGAGAGAUAUCAAGUCAUUAUUUGUUCUUUUCUUCCUUUUUUCUUUUUUUCCUUUGUUUAUUUUUAUAUCACUUUCUUUGCCGUUUUCUUUCUGCCUUUCUUUUGCUUUUUUCUGUUUCCAUAUCUUUUUUAUUUUAA